AUGCUUAGGGUCAGCGAAUCCCAAGAACCUUGGGAGAAGAAAUCAAUCAACUAUGUGUCGUGCGAGGAAUUCGAUACCAUCCAGGCUUUGCAACUGGACUUUUGGAAAUUGUUGCCCAAAUUCACCCGUGCACUGAACGCCGGAGAUAUCGUGAGCAAUAGGAUUCCUGAGAUGAGCGACCUAGACGAGUUUCCAUACUGCAUCUGGUAUCCAUCCGUUCCUCACGUCGCGACUUACAAAGAGCUACUUCGGCGCGUGCCGUUUAUGAAACUGGCUGUGGCGAGCAUCUGCAUUUUGCACAAUUACGGCGACUACUGGGAUGAGCUUGACGCUGACCCAGACGUUAAUCCGAUGGAGGAUGCUCGCGAGAGUCCCAACCCGAAGUAUCUCUGUGAUCUGGAAGCAAGGAUUUUGGGGCGUGGUUACCGCGGCUUUGGACGCGAUUUUACGUAUUAA